AGCAUUGUAAGAAGGUGGAACAUACCAACAAGAGACCUGCACACUGUCACAACAAGUGAAACAGCCGUACCGUUUUUAGUUUUUUUUAGCUAUUUAUUUCAGCUAUUGACCACAGGCUUCCUCCUCUCCAUGCUGCUGUGCCGGGUUUCGGCAGUGGGCCAGACGCUAGCGAGAUGGGGCCGGAGGUCACAGCGGGGAGACGGCCUCCUCCAGCGGGCUGUCUCCUUCAGCACCGGCCGCUGGUGUGCUGUCAGUUCAGGAGAAGGUAACGCUCAGCCCGCAGAGGUGGGUUCUGCUCAGGGCCUGUACCGAGACACAGUGCUCCUGCCCCGGACUGACUUCCCCAUGAAGCUGACCGGACAGAAGCUUCUGGACAAAGAGCUCCAGAUUCAGCAGGAGUGUGGAUUUGCAGAGUUGUACACCUGGCAGAAAGAGAGGAAAGCCAAAAAGGAGUUCUGCCUUCAUGACGGACCUCCGUACGCCAAUGGAGACCCUCAUGUAGGACAUGCACUCAACAAGAUCCUGAAAGACAUCCGCAACCGUUUUGAGAUGCUGAGGGGUCGACAGGUCCACUACAUCCCAGGAUGGGAUUGUCAUGGCCUGCCUAUCGAGCUGAAGGCCCUGGGAGAGCUGGGUACCAGUGGCCUCAGUCCUCUGCAGAUCAGACAGAAAGCGCGGGAGUUUGCAGACGGGGCCAUAGCUCGUCAGAAGGCUGCUUUCCAACGCUGGGGGGUGAUGGCUGACUGGGACCAGUGUUACUACACGUAUGAUGGAGCCUAUGAGGGGGCUCAGCUCAAAGUCUUCCAGGAUAUGCACAGCAAGGGGCUCAUCUACCAGGACUAUAAGCCAGUGUUCUGGUCUCCAUCAUCAAGAACGGCCCUAGCGGAGGCAGAGUUGGAGUACAACCCAGAACAUGUGAGCAGGGCCAUCUACGCCACAUUCCCCCUGGUCACCCUGCCUCCUAACAUAGCCUCAGAAGCAGCAGAUCUGAGCGGGGUCUCUGUGUUGGUGUGGACCACCCAGCCGUGGACUAUUCCUGCCAACCAGGCCGUCUGCUACAUGCCCAACGCCCAGUACUCUGUGGUGAAGAGGACUGACAACUCUCAGCUGCUUUUAGUUGCUACUGAGCGCAUAGCCAGCAUGGCAACACUACUGGGAACAGAGCUGGAGAGUAUAGGCACAUACACAGGCUCCCAACUUGAAGGCGGGGUCUGCAAACAUCCCACGAUACCUGAAAAAGAAGUGCCGCUACUGCCGGCCAAUCAUGUGACUAUGGCGAAAGGAACAGGAUUGGUCCACACAGCCCCAGCUCACGGCAUGGAUGAUUAUAGCGUUGCUUCACAGUUUAAACUGUCUGUGGAGUGUAUGGUGGAUGAGGAUGGUAAGUUCACUGAGCUGGCCGGCCCUGAGCUGAAGGAUCUGUCUGUGAUGAGCGAGGGCACUGAAAAAGUGAUUUCCAUGCUGAAAGAGUGCGGGGCUUUGGUGAAAGAGGAGCAGUGUGUCCACAGCUACCCGUAUGACUGGAGGACCAAGCAGCCUGUCGUCAUCAGGCCCAGUAAACAGUGGUUCAUUAACACAGCCUCACUCAAAGACAAGGCCACGGAUGCGCUGCAGAAGGUACGUAUUUUGCCAGAGUCCGCACGGGGCAGUUUGUUAGCCAUGCUGGACAGACGGACCUACUGGUGCAUCUCCAGACAGAGAAGCUGGGGCGUCCCUAUACCAGUCUUCUACCACAAAGAGACCGGAGAGCCGCUCAUCAACAAACACACAGUGUCCCAUAUAGCAGAGCUCUUCAAAGAAAAGGGCAGUGACUGUUGGUGGGAGCUUCCUAUUGAGACUUUGCUGCCAGCAGAUGUGAUAAAGAAGAGUAAAGCAGGUCCAGUCACAGACUAUGUUCGUGGAGAGGACGUACUGGACAUCUGGUUUGACAGUGGAGCAUCAUGGGCUGCUGUACUAGAAGAGGAGAUGGAGGGAGAGUCUGAGGAGCCUGAGUCACGUCUUAGCUGGCUCCCUGCUCGGCUACGCAAACCCCUCAUCACAGAGUCAGACUCCAGAGCAGAUGCAUACGUGGAAGGGAAGGAUCAGAUCGGAGGCUGGUUUCAAUCCUCGCUACUCACGAGCGUCGCCAUGAGGAACAAAGCGCCUUACAAGUCUCUAGUGGUCCAUGGCUUUACUAUCAGUGAGAAGGGAGAGAAGAUGUCUAAGUCUCUGGGGAACGUUGUGGAUCCUGAUACAGUCAUUAAUGGAGGGAAGGACUCCAGUUGUCCAGCGUACGGGGCAGACGUGCUGCGCUGGUGGGUGGCAGAGUCCAACAUAUUCUCUGAGAUUCAGAUCGGGCCCACUGUGCUAAACUCAGCCAAAGACAGCAUCGGCAAGUUGAGGAACACUCUGAAGUUCCUCCUCGGUAACCUGCAAGGCUUCGACCCUCGAGUUCAAGCCGUGGACGCCAAAGAGAUGCACUACAUCGACCAGUACAUGCUGCACCUGCUGCGCGAGUACGGCAUGAAGGUGACAGACGCCUACAGUGAGUUUGAUGCAGGCAGGGUCAUCCGCAUCCUGCAAGCCUUCAUCUCCAGAGAUCUCUCCAGCUUUUACUUCAGCGUCAUUAAAGACAGGUUGUACUGUGAUCCAGAAGACUCACUGGGCAGAAGAUCAUGUCAGACGGCCUUGGAGGAAAUCCUGGACGGGCUGACCAGAUCCAUCGCUCCCAUCCUGCCACAUCUGGCUGAAGAGGUUUAUGCAUAUGCACCAGGACAUGACAAAGAGGAGACGCUGUUCAGGAGCGGCUGGAUCAAGAGCAGCUCUGUGUGGAGGCGACCGGGGUUGGAGGAGGCGGUGGAGGGGGCGUGCGCCAUCAGGGACUCCUUCCUGUCGUCCAUCCCGGGCAAGAACGCGGCUCAGUAUGACCUCAGCAUCGCCAUCGAACCCGGUCUGCUGUUUGAACUCAUGGAGUCUCUCCAAGAGGAGCCCUCCUCCACCUCCUCCCAGCUGGCUGAGCUGAUGAUGGCAGCGCGGGUCAACCUGAGUGGCCAGCUGCCCCGCGACCUGCCCGACGAUGCCGUGCUGAAACAAGGCAGCUUCCUCAUCAACCUGGAGGGUGGUGUUAUCCGGGAGGACAGCGCCUACAGUAUAGCAGCGGUUCCCACGUCCACCGCCCGCUGCCCUCGAUGCCGCCGCUACACCUCCGAGUCGGCAGACUGCAUGUGCCCGCGCUGCCAGACCGUCGUCUCGCAGGCUCACUGACAAAACACCUAGUCGCCGUGACGACAAGUGGACAUCACCUUGGCUGUUUUUGGUUUUUUUCCUCCUGCUGCUGCUGCUUCGGGUGGAGGUGGACACCAGCUUUCACACUCCCACAUCAGCUCGGAGGUUGAGCUUUCUGGCAUCGCGUUGGAACGUCCUAACAGCUGAUAGCCUGGUUCUCAUUCUUGAUGCACUUAACACGCUUAAACAGCAGGUGUGAACUAUAAACCCAAAAUUGUCCCGAUACAGCGUGAGGAAGACGAUUAACUGUAUUUAUAGAUGGGAAUGAAAGGUGUUGACUUUACUGACAGUGAACGAGGGAAGCCACUGUUUUUUUAAGUAAUGUUUAAAUGUAUAGAAUAUGGAGGAAUUCACUACAGGUGUCACUAUGUGAUAACAGAGAGUUGAUCUUGCAUAUAACGGUGAGUUAAAUAUGGGUGAGCUGCUUAUCUUUGUAUUAUAAACUCAAUAUGUAUAUGUGAAAAAUAUUGAAUGAUAAAUAAAUUGAGUUUGAUCUCAGAAUGUGUUUUAAAUGU